CAUGAUGCUAAUGGUUUUCAGGUACAUAUGCACUUUCAGUUUGUCAUCCUCACAAUAGCUAAGAACACCUCUGUAUGUAGAUAUAAUUGGCAUAUAUUUACACAUUUAUUGCGACAACUAGCGUACCGGCACCAAAAUUUGAAUACCUCAAACGUCAGCCGUGACUGCUAAAAACUUCAGGUCAAACGUUGACAGUCGAAAACUGAGGACGAAUGUUCAACAGACCCUGAAAUUCAACUGAAGUUUCGUAGCUUUAUAAUUUAAACUUAUCCAUAUUAAUCUUCCUUAUUUAGUAAAUUUCUUGACAUGUUCAUUGGUAUGCUGUCACAGCUGUGAUGUGGUAAUUGAAAUUCCGAUAUAGCCAAUAGUUUGAUGGUUAGUCAACCUUGAAGUAAUAACGUUUUAUCUCAACGAAUUCAACUUCAUGAACUAAGUUCGUUACAAAUAUACAUUUCUGUUUGCAAAAUUAUUGAAUAGUUGUAAUAGUUUCUAUUUUGCGCAUUACGUCACAGUUUGUUGGUUUAGAUAUAUUAAAAAAAAGAUUUUUUCAAAGUUAAUCAAGUUACAACAAAACAGUAUAUGAAUGAAUGCUAUUACUACUAUGCAUCAUUUGAUGUGGUAAUAAAAAUUUAUAUUUGUUAAAAUUGGUGCGGAUAUUGGACAUCAUAUAUACUGACUACCUUUGAACCUUUUGAUUUGAAUUGUGUUAAAUGACGAGUCACAAUAAUCCAGUUAUAACCUAGUUAUAAACCACUACCAUUUUCUCCCUGAAAAGCCCUUUCGGUAGUACCCUUAUUGGCUUGAAGGUUUUAUAGGUCUGAUCUAAUUUGUAUAGCUAUACACCAGACUCUGUUGUUGUUACUUACGUUACCUGUCCUGUUUUCCUCUGCUGUUUCAUAUACCAUUUGACACUUGUGUUACCAUCCAAGUUGCAGUUACCAUUGCAGCCUCUACAAAUUAUAAAUAGCCAGCAGUCGGAUCAGAAUUGUAUAAUUUGUGCUUUGUAGCAAAAUAGGUUUCAGCCUUACAGUACUAUUACUCUGCCCUUAGAGUCUCAAAUUUGAUCAUUUGCUUCCUUAUUUUGACUUAUUGCCACUGUUAACAUUUUUACACCUGAAUUGAGUAGCUUAAACGUUAUUAGAUUCAUAUCUGAUUGACCUUAGGAAUACAAGAAGAUAUAUUUAUUUGACCUCUUGACCCCCCGAAGGGCUGAGUUAUGGCCUCACAGUUUCAACCUGGAACUUCAAAUCCUCAAAGUGAGGUGGAGAUCAGCGUGUCCUGCAGGAAUCUCAAAGACGCCGAUGUCUUCUCCAAAUCAGAUCCAAUGGUUGUGGUGUUUGUGCAAGACUUCGGGAAAACUUCCUGGCGAGAGCUGGGCCGUACGGAAUGCAUAGACAAUAAUUUGAACCCGGACUUCGUGAAGAAGUUUCAGAUGACCUACUACUUUGAGGAGAGGCAAAACCUCAAGUUUGAAGUAUAUGACAUUGAUUCCAACAGUAGAAAACUCUCAGACCACGACUUCCUCGGAAGAGCCUUUACUGACCUGGGCCAGAUUGUGACCAACACGAAGGGCUGGACCAUCCUCAAACUGAGUGAGUCGGAGGUGCAGCAGAAGCAACCCACAAUUAAUGACCAUAGCUACUUUUUUGGUCCGGGAGUGAACCAGGGUACCAUUUUGAUCCGAGCGGAGGAGUUGAGUUCGUGCAAAGACGUCUGUUUCAUAGACGCCAGUGGGAAGGGCCUGGACAAGAUGGACUGGGGCUUGUCCAAGAGUGACCCCUACCUAGAGUUCUUAAGAUGCAACGAGGACAACUCUUUUACAGUAGUGCACCGGACGGAAGUGUGUAAGAACACUCUGAACCCUAACUGGCCCCCAUUUGAGGUGAAGAGUCAGACACUGUGUAAUGGAGACAUAGACAGAACUGUCAAGGUCAUCUGCUACGACUGGAACAGCAGUGGGAAAGUAGAUUACAUGGGCGAGUUUGAGACUUGUGUACGACGGAUAUCCGAGGGCAAUGCACAAAACACGUACGAACUAAUCAAUAAAGAGAAGCAGAAGAAAAAGAAGAGCUACAAAAACUCUGGAACAAUUACUUUCAACAGAUGUGGGGUCAAGAAAGUGCACUCUUUCCUGGACUACAUUGCUGGAGGCACUCAACUGUCGUUUACUGUGGCGAUUGACUUCACAGCGAGCAAUGGGGAUCCGAGGAACUUCCAGAGUCUACACUAUCUCGACUCGUCCAGACCCAACCACUACGCCACUGCACUCAUGAGUGUGGGCCAGGUCGUCGAGCAGUAUGACACGGACAAGUUGUUUCCUGUGUAUGGCUUCGGUGCAAGGCUGCCUCCUAAUGGAAUCGUGUCGCACGACUUUGCUGUGAACUUCAAUCCCUCCAAUCCUUUCGUGGCUGGUCUGGAUGGAAUCCUGGCUGCGUACCAUGGCUGCAUCCAGAGUAUCCAACUCUACGGACCGACUAAUUUUGCCCCCAUCAUCAACAAAGUGGCCUCGCAGGCGCGGGAGGUGAGACCGGGGGAGGAUUAUGUAAUCCUACUCAUCAUUACAGAUGGAGAAAUAACUGAUAUGGAAAACACAAAACACGCCAUUGUGCAGGCCUCUUCUCUUCCUCUGUCCAUCAUCAUAGUGGGCGUAGGCAAUGCACAAUUUGAUGCUAUGGAUGAGCUAGACGGCGAUGACGUCAGACUUUCUUCUAGAGGCAGAUACGCCGAGAGGGACAUCGUACAGUUCGUGCCUUUGCGAAACUUCCUCGACAACCAGUCUACGAACCCCAUGAUGACUCAGGCCAAACUGGCUAAAGAAGUCUUAAUGGAAGUGCCUGACCAAUUGCUCUCCUUCAUGACUAAACAUGGCAUUCAGCCCAAUCCACCAAGGCACCAGCCCCCUCCACCCGCUGGUCACGCCCCUUUUGUACCCACGAUGCAACAACAAAUGUCGCCUAAUGCGCCCCCAGCACAGGGAGGAGUUGUACCUCCCAAUUACGCAAGUGCGCCACCGCCUUAUUACGGAUGAAUGGACUCAGAAAUUAUUAAAUAAUUAACUUUCAAAUCUCAUCAGCAUCAUCAUUUGAAUACAAGCAUUCCUUAUUUUCUGUUUGGUUUGGUCAUUAUUCUAAAGCUUUGCUCUGAAUUUAUGUAGAUAUUUUUGAUGUUUAAGUCUUGUAAAUGCGUUUAUAAUGAUAAAUUUUUGA